AUGGCGCGUCAUUGGAGAGGGACGAUGAUGGCGGCGGUCGGUGCACCAGAAGUGAUCACACAGCUGGAAAGCGCUGCCAAAGUUUUAAUGGCACCGCCGUCCAUGGUCAGCACAGAACAGAGGCAGCAUGCUGAACACAUAUUUCUCUCCUUCAGGAAAUCCAAAUCCCCUUUUGCCAUCUGCAAGCACAUCUUAGAGACCAGUAAGGUGGACUAUGUGCUGUUCCAGGCAGCCACGGCCGUCAUGGAGGCGGUGGUGCGGGAGUGGAUCCUGCUGGAAAAGACCAGCAUCGAGUCUCUGCGGGCAUUUCUCCUCACCUACGUCUUACAGAGACCCAACCUGCAGAAGUAUGUCCGUGAGCAGAUCCUGUUGGCUGUGGCAGUCAUUGUGAAGAGGGGCUCUCUAGACAAAAGUAUCAACUGUAAAAGCAUCUUUCAUGAGGUCGGACAGCUCAUCAGCAGCGGGAACCCCACCGUGCAAACGCUGGCCUGCUCCAUCCUCACCGCCCUGCUCAGUGAGUUCUCCAGCUCCAGUAAGACCAGCAGCAUCGGCCUCAGCAUGGAGUUUCACGGCAGCUGCAAGCGUGUGUUCCAGGAGGAGGGCCUGCGUCAGAUCUUUAUGUUGACCAUGGAGGUGCUGCAGGAGUUCAGCCGCAGAGAAAACCUAAAUGCGCAGAUGUCGUCUGUCUUCCAGCGCUACUUGACUCUGGCCAACCAGGUCCUCAGCUGGAACUUCCUGCCACCAAAUUUGGGGCGCCACUACAUCGCCAUGUUUGAGGCCACACAGAACGUCACGCUCAAGCCCACGGAGUCCUGGAGGGAAGCACUGCUGGACACCCGUGUCAUGGACCUCUUCUUCACAGUACACAGGAAGAUUCGGGAGGACUCAGACAUGGCCCAGGACUCCCUGCAGUGCCUGGCCCAGCUGGCCUCCAUGCACGGGCCCAUCUUCCCCGAUGAGAGUGCCCAGGUGUCCUACCUGGCCCAUCUAGUGGAGGGCCUGCUCAGCAUGAUCAACGGGAUUGAGAUUGAGGACUCAGAGGCCGUGGGCAUCUCCAAUAUCAUCUCCAAUCUGAUUACCAUGUUCCCUCGAAGUACUUUAACAGCACUGCCCAGCGACCUCUUCACAUCCUUCAUCAACUGCCUCACGCUUCUCACCUGCUCGUUUGGACGCAGUGCCGCCCUAGAGGAGGUGCUGGAUAAGGAUGACAUGGUUUAUAUGGAGGCCUACGACAAGCUGCUGGAGUCGUGGUUGACGCUCGUUCAGGACGAGGAGCAUUUUCCUCGCGGUUGUUUCGUCCAGCCGGCAAUCCAAGUCUUUAACUCAUACAUCCAGUGUCACUUGGCUGCUCCUGACGGCACCCGGAACCUGUCAGCGAAUGGCAUAUCGUCUCAUGAAGAGGAGGAGAUCAACGAGCUGCAGGAAGACGACAGAGAGCUGUUCUCGGACCAACUGUCGAGCAUUGGCAUGCUGGGACGUGUAGCUGCGGACCACUGUAUCCCCCUGCUCACAACCCUGCUGGAGGACCGGGUGACACGGCUGCAUGGUCAACUGCAAAGGACCCAGCAGCACCUCAUGGCCUCAUCUGAUCCCGGAUCAGUGGAUCGCAAAGUUCUGGAUGACCUCUAUGAGGACAUUCACUGGCUUAUACUGGUCACAGGGUAUGUACUAGCAGACGACCCUCAGGGUGAAACCCCACUGAUCCCCUCUGAGGUGAUGGAGUUUUCCAUCAAACACUCAACAGAAGUGGACAUCAACACAACACUGCAGAUCCUGGGGUCACCAGGAGAGAAGGCCUCAUCCAUACCAGGCUGCAACCGCACAGACUCUGUCAUCAGGCUGCUGUCAGCGGUGUUGCGGACGUCAGAAGUUGAAUCCCGGGCAACGAGAGCGAGCCUGACGGAGCUUCUGAGCCCACAAAUGGGGAAAGACAUCAUGUGGUUCCUCAGACGUUGGUCCAAGACGUACCUGCUGGUGGAUGAGAAGCUCUAUGAGCAGAUCAGCAUCCCCCUGAGCACAGCGUUCGGUGCAGACACAGAGGGAGCCCAGUGGAUUGUGGGAUAUCUUCUAGAAAAGGUGAUCAACAACCUUUCUGUGUGGAGCUCAGAGACCGAACUGGCAAACGACACGGUGGAGCUGCUGGUGACACUGGUGGAGAAGAGAGAGAGGGCCAACAUCGUGGUGCAGUGUGAGAGCUGGUGGAACCUGGCGAAGCAGUUUGCCAGCCGCAGCCCUCCCCUCCACCUGCUGUCCAGCUCCGUGCAGAGGUCUCUGAUGAAAGCUCUCGUGCUGGGAGGCUUUGCACACAUGGACGCUGACGCCAAGCAGCAAUACUGGGCUGAGGUGCUCCACCCUCUCCAGCAGCGUUUCCUCAACCUCAUCAACCAGGAGAACUUCGCUCAGAUCAGCCAGGAGGAAGCUGUCAAACAGGAGAUCGUGGCCACGUUAGAGGCGCUGUGCGGCAUCGCAGAGGCAACGCAGAUCGACAACGUGGUCUCGCUCUUCUCUUUUCUCAUGGACUUCCUGUCCAGCUGCAUCGGCCUCAUGGAGGUCUACAGCAACACGCCAGAGACGAUCAACCUCAUCAUCGAGGUUUUUGUUGAAGUGGCUCACAAACAGAUCUGUUACCUGGGAGAGACCAAGUCCAUGAAGCUGUACGAGGCGUGUCUGACGCUGCUGCAGGUCUACUCCAAAAACAACCAGAGCAGGAAGCGAAGCGACGCCACAGCUGAGGAGGACCAGUACCAGGACCUGCUGCUCAUCAUGGAGCUGCUCACGAACCUGCUCUCCAAAGAGUUCAUCGACUUUAGCGACACCGAUGACGUGUUUAGAAAUCAAGACCAAGGAACGCCUGCGUCCAAUCGGACAGUAUCGGCAGCAGAUGUGGUUCUCUAUGGUGUCAACAUUGUUCUUCCACUCAUGUCUCAGGACCUGCUCAAGUUCCCCUCUUUGUGUAACCAGUAUUACAAGCUCAUCACCUUCAUCUGUGAGAUCUUUCCAGAAAAGAUCCCACAGCUGCCCGAAGACCUCUUCAAAAGCCUCAUGUUCUCCCUCGAGCUGGGAAUGACCUCGAUGAGUUCAGAGAUCAGCCAGCUGUGUUUGGAAGCUCUGUCACCUCUGGCUGAGCAGUGUGCGAAAAACCAGGAGAAGGACACGCCCCUCUUCAUCGCCACCCGUCACUUCCUCAAGUUGGUGUUUGACAUGCUGGUCCUGCAAAAACACAACACAGAGAUGACGGUGGCUGCAGGAGAAGCUUUCUACACACUCGUGUGCCUGCACCAGGCGGAGUACUCAGAACUGGUGGAGACUCUGCUCUCCUCACAGAGAGACGCCGUCAUCUACCAGCGGCUGGCUGACGCCUUCAACAAGCUGACAGCCAGCAGCACGCCGCCCACCAUGGACCGCAAGCAGAAAGUGGCCUUCCUCAAGAGCCUGGAGGAGUUUGUGGCCAAUGUGGGCGGCCUGCUCUGCAUGAAAUAACCACUGGAAACCGACUCCGCCUCCAGUCAUCGUUUUGAAAAGCAACCAAUCAAAAAAAACAAAACCACCUGCUUCAUCCCUAAGAACUAUGGGUAGAAGAGACGGCUCGAAGCCUGUGAGGAACUCUGUCUCUCUGCCUGCAGGGAUCCAUCUCAUGCCUGAAUGUCGAACAUGUUGUCGCCUCCUCGGAUUUCUUUUUCGUUUUGUUUUCCUUCCCAUCCAUGUCACCCCAGGCCCCGCCCUUCCAUCACAAUUGACGGACUUGAUGACGAUGAUGUGGUUACCAUGGAGACAAAAAACUGCAGAGCAGAUGGACUCAGCCUGAGGAUCCUGCCCUGCUCACUGAAAUGACAGAGCACUGGCCAUCAUGGCGACGAGAGGUGGAGCGGCAGCUGAUGUCAACGACCUCGUGUACCUGGAGGCUGCCAGAGCACAUGCAGACACACACACACACACACACACACACACACACACAGUGACUGAGGGUAAAACAUGUCGCUGUUAGUGGAAAUUUAAUACAUUUUUCCUUUUUUUCCAGAGUGAGGUUUUGUAGUUCAGGGUGUUAGAGGGGCCAUUUUGUUUCAAGAAUGCCAUGUUGACCCCCUCCUACCCAAUGUACACACACAUACACACUUCAUAUUAACAGUUUCCGUUCUUAGGCACACACACACACACGCAUAUAUGCCACCCCAAUCCUUCCCAGAGUGCCUUUUGUUUUGUUGAUUGUCCUGUGUGUGCGUGUGUGAAUCGUGUCAUACAUCAACUGAUAACAAACAACAACUGUGCCUGUCAUUCGCCAAGAAUACGGCAGAUGCACACACACACACACACACACACACACACACACACACACACACACACACACACACACACACACACACAAAACGCACAUGCACACACAUGCAAAAUGUUGCCAUGACAACAAAGGUUUGUCUGGCCUGGCUGUCUUUGGGGUUGCUGAACCACACAGCACAGGAGGACGUUUUUUGUUGGCGAUGACAGAAAACCAAAAUCGAAAUAUAAUGUUUUCAAAUCAGAACCUGACAAAUGUUUGUUCAAAAAACAACAAAAAAAAACCAUGACUGAAAUGUUUUUAUAAGCCAGUUGAUGGCAGAAAGAGUCGAUUGAGUUCAACAUUGUAUGAAUUCAGCUGGGGGGAGCAACGUUCAUGUGUUGACCUUUGCAGUUUGAUAUUUUUUCUCUAUUUGGAUUGUAGUAUUACGUUGCGGCUCCCCUUCCAUCCAGACAGAUGAAGGCCCAAGAUGGAUCGGGCCUCUAAAGUUUAGCAGAUCAAUUUCAGUAGUAUUUUUCUACAGCAGCAGAUCCACCCUAUCUCUCUUCAACACACACACACUGGAUUGAAGCAAAGACUGUUUGAGUUGAAGGACAGCAAUAACAAACCAAAUAAAAAGGAACAGAGCCACUUGUUGAAGCAUUAUGUUGGAGACAGACUCCUCCUCGUUCAGAGCACUAUCCUGGUUAUUGUAGAAUGGCUGUUUUGUUAAUGAAGUGUAAAAGUGUACAUAAACUUAUUGUAUAAAACCUUUUUGGCCUCUUCA